AUGCUCAACCUUUUGACGCUUUUAGCGUAUGUUGCUUGUAUUGCUGCAGGCAAUGUCAUUGGCGUUGCUCCAGAAAAUCAGCAUUUGUAUAAACCGGACUCGAAUGGCAAUUGGGCCUGUCUUCUGGAUCCGUCAGUGGUGCUAAAAUAUGACCAGAUCAACGAUGGAAUAUGCGAUUGUCCAGAUGGAUCAGAUGAGCCGGGCACGGCAGCUUGCCCUUCAACGAAAGAGAAGAAGCAGUUAUUUUACUGUGCCAAUGAGGGUUUCUUCCCGAAAUACAUUGAGAGCUUUAAGGUGAAUGAUGGCGUAUGUGACUACGAUAUAUGCUGUGAUGGCUCUGACGAGUGGGCCACUGGCAAAUGCCCAAACAAGUGUGCAAUCGUGAGACAGCAGUUUGAUGAGUUUGUCGAGAAAAAACGAGCCGACAUUCGUCGUGCUUUGCAGAUCAGAGAAGAGUACGUGAAGAAGGCUGAGCGAGCAAAAGCUGAUGUGGGCAAGAAAUUGGAAAGACUUCAGGUGGAGAUUUCCGAUUUAGAAGUCCAGAUCGGAGAGGAAAAUCGUAAACUCAAAGCUGCUAUCAGUUCUGCCGAAGAGCUGGACUCGGGCGAGCAAGGUGCACUCGAAGAAAUAUCCCAACUCAGUACUCAACUUGAAAACUUCAUAAGUGACUUCGUUGCAUCUGAAAAGAAGAGUCGUUCUACCAUAGUACAACUUGAAUCGCUUCUUCAAGACUUGUCAGAGAACUACAACCCUAACUAUAAUGAUGCUACAGUCAAGCAAUGCGUCAGGCUAUUCCGAGAGUACAUCAGCGGCAAAGAAGAAGACAAUAAACCAGAAUCGAGCUUCUCAGUCGAGCUCUUCAAAGAGAAGCUAAAGAGUCUUAAGCCUCACUUGCAGUCUCUGAGCCAAAACAUGGUGUCUAUUGAGCCGUCUAUUGGCAACAUGGUCCAUCACUACUACAUGAAGUUGAUUAGCACAUUCAAACCUAAAGAAGAACAAGUGGCCGUACGUUCAACUACUCAGGACAAUGUGUCCAACAAACGCACAAUUGCAAUCGAAGAGAAAAUCAAGAAACUUGACAAGACACUCCAUUCAAAGAAGUCUGAAGCCUCAAUAUAUGAAGAGAACUUACUGAGACAGUUUGGCACAGAUGACAUUUUCAGAGCCGUUGAAGGAGAGUGGGUUCACCGUAAGAUAGGUGAAUAUAACUACAAAAUUGGAUAUCUUGACUCCAUUUAUCAGGACAAUACACUUGUCGGUCGUUUAACUCUGGUGAAAGGUUCAACUUUACACUUUGAGCACGGAGCAAAAUGCUGGAAUGGUCCUCAUAGAUCUGCAUUCGUGGACAUGGUAUGUGCCCCAAAGAGCAGAUUGGUGUCGGUAAGUGAGCCCGAAAAAUGCCAGUAUAGGUUCUUGUUGGAGACACCGAUCGUCUGCGAAGCAAAAAGCGACGAGCAGAUAGCUGACGAAUUCUCCGUUGAUCCAUCUGAUCUUUGA